AUGUGGUUGAAUUGGAUAUAUGAAGUCUAUGAGCAUUUAAUUCUGGCUGAUCACGCAUGCCCACAUUUUGUUCAUUGCUACCGCAUUUUCAUAUUCUAUUCCGACAAAACUGUACAUAUAUUAUGUAUUUAUAUCUGUGUAUACCUGUCCAGGUUAUUUAUCAAAGUAUUUAGUGAUUUUAUUGGCGAUUAUUUCAAGCUAUGUCAUCAUACUGUUGCAUUUGUUACUACCAAAUUUACUGUAUUCAUUACGUCAUGCACA